UAUAUAUAUAUUUUAUGAUUUUCAAAUAGUUUAUGUUUAAUUGAAUAUAGUAAUCAAACAAAAUGAUUAUACUGUUAUUGCAAUAAUUCUAAUAAUUCUAAACGAUAUAUAUUUACAUGAUAAUAAUUUCUGUUGCAAUAAUAAUAAUAAUAAUAAUAAUAAUAAUAAUAAUACAUACAUACAUACAUACAUAUAUACGAUCAACUUUUUGAUUAGAUCAGAAUGAUUAAUAAAUUUAUUCAUUUUCAUCUUUCUCCUUCUUCUAUAACGUUAUCACCAAUUCUUUCGUUUUUCAUUAUUAUCAUUAUCAUGAAGGUCAGAUAUUAGAAUAAAUAUGAUUAGUAUAUAGAUUAAGAUAAAGAUAUUCAUCAUGUUCGAUACCAGCUUGUUUUUUCCAAUCAUUCUUCCAAAAAAAAAAAAAAAAAAAAAAAAAAAAAUACUAAUAACGAUAACAAUAGUUUCGUCAAUAAAUACAUUUGUCAUAUAUGAAAACUAAUAUCUGAAUAAUAAUUAUCAAUAACGUAAUAUUAAUUUCGUUUUGCAUCGAAUGGAAAAAAAAAAAAAUUACAUAUAUACUUACACGGGACAAUUAUUUAUUUAUAACAAAAUAUAUAAACAAAUGUAAUCUGUAUACGAUGAAAACAAAAAAAGAAAUCGUUUAAACAUUCCAGGAAAACAUUGAUAAGAACAACAUUUAAACUUUUCUGAAUAAUUUCGUUUCUAAUUAUUCUAAUUUCGUUAUUAUUAUAACUUAUUCUCGCGUUAUGAAAAAAAUUAGUUGAUAAAAUUGAAAUUGAGUGUGAAUGGAAAAAAAAAAAAUACUUCGUAUCAUUUUUCCUUCCCUUUCCCCGCCCCCAUUCCCCCCCACGCACACUCUCUCUCUCGCACUCUCUCUCUCUCACUUUCAAUUUAUCCUCUUUAUUAUCUUACUCGUCCACAAUUAUUUUUAAUUUCGCAAUGAUAAUCAUAGACAUCUAACGAGAUUACGUCUUUACUUAUCGCAAAAGCAUAUAAUACAAAAACCCAAUAAUUAUCGCUCAUAUGAAUAAUAUCGAACAGUGAAAAAUUGCGACGCGAGAAGAUCAUUUCAUAAAUUUGUUCGAAAUACAGUGCGCGUCAACAUUGAAAUACGGACUUUUAAACAUUGGUCUUCUUUCGAUUUCAUUCGGGACACAGUGUAUAAUUGAUUAGGAAUAAAACAAAAACAAAAAAAGUAUCAUGAGUUUGUUAAUGCUCGUACUCGCAUUAUGCGGAAUAUUGACCUUGUAUAUUUAUUGCCGCAAAAUAUAUAGUUAUUGGAAUAGACAAGGUAUACCAGAGGUACCAUAUCCCUUACCAAUCAUUGGUCAUUUGUUACCAUUAUUAUUAAUGCAAAAAAGUAUCCCGCAAAUGGUAAUGAAUUGGUAUGAUCGUUACAAAAACAACAGUAUGGUUGGUUAUUACAAUGGUACGAAACCGGGAUUAUUGAUAAGAGAUCCUGAAUUAAUUAAGACGAUACUGCAAACGAAUUUCACGAAUUUCCAUGAAAACGUAAUGAAGAUCGACAAAGAUAUAGAUCCAUUGUUUGGCAAGAAUCCAUUUUUUUUAACUGGAGAAGAAUGGUUAAUCAGUAGGAAAAGAUUGACCUAUGCAUUUUCGAGUAUGCGAUUGAAAAUAUUAUCAGAGACCGUACGUGAAGUUUGUAAGAAGUUCGACGAUUAUUUGUAUAGAAAGAUCAAUGAGAAUGAAAGGAUCGAAUUUGAGACCAAGGAUCUAUCUGGUAGAUUUACCGGAGAGGUUGUCGCCAAUGCUGGUUUCGGUAUCGAAGGAUUUUGUUUCGAUGAUAAUUACAAUCCGCAAUCGUUCCAUGAGAUAGGUAUGAAGGUAUUCAAGAUAGAUAGGUUUCAAAGAGCUUUGCAAUCAAUAAUGUUUUUCCUUCCGUUUCUAAAUAAUUAUUUAAAAAUACAAUUAAUACCAAACGAUAUAGAUCAUUUCUUUCGAACGAUCGUUAAACAGAUAAUAGAGCAGAGACGUGAAGAAAAAGAAAAGCGUAAUGAUUUUUUUCAAUUAAUGGUCGAUCUUGAAAAAAGUGAGGGUCUAAAGUUCGACGAGGAAACAUUGUCCAUUCAUGCAGUAUCAUUUUUCAUCGAUGGAUACGAAACAUCAUCGAUUACGUUGAGCUUCAUUUGUUUUGAAUUAUCAAUACAUAAUGAAAUACAAGAAAAAGUUAGAAAUGAGAUCAGAGAUGUACUGGAUAAACAUCAAGGAGAGAUCACUUAUGAUUCCUUGAAUGAGAUGACAUAUCUGGAUCAAGUGAUUAACGAAUCGCAAAGAUUGAAUACGUUGUUGGAUACAAUGGGCAAAAUAUGUACCGAUGGUAUUCAAUUGAAAGGUGCCGAUGGUUUAACAUGUACAGUCGAACCAGGAACAAAAAUGAUUAUACCAACUCGUGCGUUACAAAGAGAUCCUAAAUAUUGGAACAAUCCGGAAGCAUUUGAUCCAGAUCGAUGGAACAAACAAAGGAAAUCUGAAAUUAAUAAAUAUUGCUUUUUACCGUUCGGUGAAGGACCAAGAAUUUGUGUUGGUAUUAGAAUGGCAUUGUUACAGAUGAAAGCUGCCAUUGUGACCCUAUUAUUAAAAUAUAGAAUAGAAAGAAAUUCAAGAACUUGUUAUCCAGUUAAAAUCCAUAAGUUUGGUGUAUUGUCGACACCGAUCGACGGGCUUUGGAUUUAUCUGAGACGUCUUUAAAAGUAAUUCAAAGCCAAACCGCAGAUGAAAUUUCCAAUUAGCUUGAUGGUAGAUGAAAUUUACAAUCCUGACGCAACCAGAACACAAUCCACAUACAAACGGGACACAAUCAGGAUACAGAGUCCAGGCGCAACUUGGAUGCAAGCAGGAUACAACACAGAUGCAACGAGAUUGCAAGCAGGACACAACUUAGAUGCAACCAGAAUCCAUUCAGGGCACAGUCCAGAUGCAACCAGGAGGCAACCGGGAUACAAUCUUGAUGUAACCAGAAUGCAAUCAGGAUACAACUCAGAUGCAACCAGGCUGCAAGUAGGACACAAUUCAGAUGUAACCAGGUUGCGAGCAGGACACAACUUAGAUGCAGCCAGAAUCCAUUCAGGGUACAGAUGCAACCAGGAUGCAAUCUUGAUGUAACCAGGAUGCAAUCAGGACACAAUUCAGAUCCAACCAGGAUGCAAUCAGGACAUAAUUCCUGAUGCAAUCAAGAUGCAACCAGUUAUAUAAUUUUUUAUCUUGAAGCUUACACUUAGUUAUAUUCAUGUUUAUCUUCUAAAUAAGGAUAAUAACGGUGUAAGAAUAUUUGAUAAAGGAGAUUUUUGGUUUCUUUCUA